AUGAUAAAUUUUUUUAGUUAUAUUAACUUAUCACUCUUUAAUAUAAUAGAUAAUAUUAAUUAUUUUAUAAAUAAUAAAGAGGUAAAUUUCAAUUCAAAUAGCGAUUUAGAUGCAACAAGUCCUUGAGGAUUAUAUUUUCAAGAUAGUGCUACUCCUCAAAUGGAAGGAAUUGAGGAAUUACAUAAUAAUAUUAUGUUCUAUUUAGCUAUAAUAUUAUUUACUGUAACAUGAAUGAUGGUAGUUAUAAUAAAAACUUUUAAAGCAACAAAAUCUGUAAUAUCUCAUAAAUAUAUGAAUCAUGGGACACUAAUAGAAUUAAUAUGAACUAUUACACCAGCAGUAAUAUUAAUUCUUAUUGCAUUUCCUUCUUUUAAACUAUUAUAUUUAAUGGAUGAAGUAAUGGACCCAUCUUUAGUUAUAUAUGGAGAGGGUCAUCAAUGAUAUUGAAGUUAUCAAUAUCCUGAUUUUACAAAUGCAGACAAUGAAUUUAUAGAAUUUGAUUCUUAUAUAGUACCAGAAGCAGAUUUAGAAGAAGGUACUUUAAGAAUGUUAGAAGUUGAUAAUAGAGUAAUUAUACCUGAAUUAACACACACAAGAUUUGUAGUGUCAGCUGCAGAUGUUAUACAUUCUUUUGCUUGUCCUUCUUUAGGUAUUAAAUGUGAUGCAUACCCAGGAAGGUUAAAUCAAUCUUCUGUUUAUUUAAAUAGACAAGGAACUUAUUUCGGACAAUGUUCAGAAAUUUGUGGUAUAUUACAUAGUUCUAUGCCUAUAGCUAUACAAUCUGUAAGUUUAAAAAAAUUUUUACUAUGAUUACGUGAUCAAAUGAGUGAUUAA